AUGUCAAGCCCUCAAGCACCACCACCUUCUUGGGAUAGUCCUCCAAGACUAUCUCCCUUGAAGUCCAAGAAGAACCUUCUUCCCUACCUUGAAGCAGCCGACCUGGAGACGUCUAGCCAAGCCGCAUACAGAGAAGAACACCUUCUAGCCACACCAGAAGAGGAGAUUGACCCUGAACUGAUCGAGUUCGUGAAGAGAGAUCAAUUCCAUGAUCUAUUUCGGAAGUGUGCAAAGGAGCAUCUAUACAACUUUGAGCAACUUUGCAACUACUAUGGUCUUGGAGACAACCCCAAGAAGAUACAACUUGUUCCAACUAUCACUAGCUGGACGAGCCAAGAAUGGGUGAAGUUCAAUGCCCAACACGCUUUCAAGACUUGGAAUAGGUACAAGGAAGCUUUCCUUUACAGAUUUGCAAAGGUCCAUCUAUGUUCCACCACCCGCCCCAGCUAUUCACAACACCAUCCAUCAUCACCAGACAUAAACAAGCACCCUUUUGCUGAGGAGAGUUCCAAGCCACGCCCAACCAAGAUUGAAGUGAUGCUUCAAAAUACUUGA